AUGGCCUCCAUGCAGGACGGGCUGAACUUCACGGCUCCUCCCUACGGCAAGGUCCUGCUGCUGGGUGCUAUCGCUGCUGCCUCGGCCUUCCUGGUCACCAUCCUCAUCGUGGUGCUCUGCGUGGGCUGCCAGAGGAAGGGGAAGACACACAAUGUUUCUGGAGAGGGUGGAAAGCACCGCCUCAUGGACAUGGGCAUACUCAAGCAGUCCAAGUUGCGGUCCAUCAGUAAGUCGGACACUGAGAUGAGCAAGAUGAACUGCAAUGGGAAAAGCAGGCAGCUCCCUCAGAUGACCUCGGGCACCGGGGAGGACGGUGAGCACACCUACUCCGAGGUGGGCCAGCGCUCCUCCGCCGCGCGCGCCGACGACGCUCUGUAUGCCAUGGUGGGCCGGGCGGGGCAGACGGACACCCCGGCCCCGCCCGCCGUGCCCGCCAACACGCCGGCGCCCCCCGACCCGGACGCAGAGGCGGUGGAGGUGCUGCCGGAGCCGGAGGGGGCGGUCAUGACCCCGCCCCACCCCCAGGAGGCGGCGGAGUACGCCUGCGUCCGCAAGCUGAGGAAGGCGGAGAAGGCCCCGCAGAAGAGGGACAGCGGCACGGACAUGGGCGAGGCCCCGGCCGCGCCCACCCGCCACGCCCCGCCCUCGCACCCUGCCCCGCCGCCGCCGCACCCCCACAGCACCAAGCUGCCCCGCAGGAACGUGGAGGCCUUCCACCUGCCCACGUUCCCCAAGGAGGCCGUGUUUAUGGGUAACGGGGAACAGUACAUCUGGAAGCCACCGGAGGAGGAAGACCUCAUUAUGCUCCAGAAUAAAAGCCUGGCCCAGCUCGGCCCUCACACUGUAGAGAACCUGCAGCCGUCUGCCGCCGCGGUGGCGGAGAUGUACUCUAAGGUUUGUAAAACGGGCAAGAAGAAGAGGGCGGGCCCCGGGUCCCCCCCGGCCAACCCGGGCUUCCGGACCCUCGGGCGCGGCGACCGGGACCGGGACCGGGACGGCGGCUUCAGCGUGGUGGUGAAGCCCCAGACGUGGGCCCCGCAGGAGGGCAAGGCGGCGGCGGGGGCGGGCGGGGGGCACCCGGACGACCACUGCUACGAGUCCAUCGGCACCGAGGAGCACGACCCGGCCUACGAGAACGUGGAGGCGGGCGGCGGCUGGAAGAGGGAGCGGGCCCCCAACACCUGCGCCACCCUGCGUCCCCGCCGCAAGAAGAGCCAGCAGCCGCUGCAGCAGCAGCAGCCCCCGCCGCCCCCCCCCACCCAGCAGACUCCCAAGCUGCAGCACCUGCCCGCCAAGGCCCUGCUGCUGCCCGGGGAGAACCUGUACGAGAGCAUCGGGGACCUGAAGCAGGGCUCCGCCAACUCCAGCACCACCACCAUCUUCACCUUCAACGACGGCAUGGAGAUGUACGUCACGGGGCUCUAA